AUGACAACACCUCAAAUACCCUUCAUAAGUGCUCCAUUUAAAAAGACAGAUGAUGUCGACUGGACAAAUCCACUGAAAAAAUACAUUGCUCGCUUCUAUCAAGACGAUCCCGAAAAAUACCAAGAAGAAACUCAGUCUUUUAAUAGGUUACGCCAAGAUAUACGCGGUGCAGGAAAAGACUUGACUGGUAGAGACUUACUCUAUCGUUAUUUUGGACAACUCGAAUUACUCGACUUACGGUUCCCUGUAGAUGAAAAGCACGUCAAAGUGUUGUUUAACUGGUAUGACGCAUUCAAUAACCGCGCUAUAUCUCAAUACUCGCUUGCGUUUGAGAAAGCAAGUGUCAUCUUUAAUGAGGCUGCUACUUUAUCUGCCAUUGCUAGCUCUCAAAACAGAGCUGAAACAGAAGGCCGUAAAAGAGCUUUUCAUUACUUUCAAGCCUCUGCUGGUAUGUUUCAAUACAUCAAUGACAAUUUCUUGCAUGCUCCCUCCGAAGAUUUAAGUCGCGAAACAGUCAAUAUGUUGAGUGAAUUAAUGCUUGCUCAAGCUCAAGAGUGCUUUUUGGAAAGUAGUAUACGAGAAAAAACAAAGGAUGGACUGGUUGCUAAGCUGGCUAGUCAUGCAGCUUGGGUGUAUGGUAACAUGGUAGAUUCACUGACUGAUGCAGUCAACCGUGGUGUAGGCGUGGAUCGAUCCUGGAUUAUUAUUUGUCAGAUCAAACAAAAAUACUAUGCUGCUACAGCUCAGGAACACAAAGCAGCUGCUUGUGAAGCAGAAGCUAAAUACGGUGAAUGUGUCAGUCGUUAUGUUGCAGCUGAGUCUGCUGCUAAAGAAGCUAGCAAAUUGGCCAAUAGCUUGAGUUCUGCUUUGAGCUCUUCCAACCAUGCAAACGGUACUGUUCCUUCAGAAAGUGCUGCUUCUCUUCAAGAAUUGUGCAAGAUAAAGACAGCUACUUGUACUGAGAAAUUGACAUCAGCUACUCGCGAUAAUGAUAUGAUUUACCAUGAGACAGUACCUCAAGAGUCUAUUUUGACCCCUAUUGAUCGUCUCAAGGCAGUCAAGACCAUUCCUAUCUCUGAACUCUAUGGUCCAGACGAAAUGAAGAAAGUGAUUGGCGCUGAUCUCUUCUCAAAACUAAUUCCUAUCAGUGUGCAUGAGAGUGCAUCACUUUAUUCUGAGGAAAUUGCAAAGUUACUUCGUGCAGAAAACGAACGUUGCGACCUUGCCAAAGCUGAAUUAAAUGCUUCGUUGGAUUACAUGAAAUUGCCUGGUUCAUUGGCCAAAUUCAAGCAACAACAACAGCAACAAGAGUCAGCAGGUUCUUUGGACAGUUAUGCUACUCCCCCCUCGGAAGUCAAGGCUUGGGCUGACCACAUUGCUUCUGAAGAAUGUCGUUCUCCUCUAGGUGAAUUAGUCAAUACGGUAUCUGCUUUAAAUGCCAAAGCAAGACAGGCUUUGGAUGAAAUCAGUUUGAACCUGGAUCAAGAAAUGAGGGAUUGCGAACAAGGCAGAAUACAAUAUGCUGAUCAAUGGACUCAGGCCCCCUCAGGCCCCCUUACUUCUGAGUUCAGGCAUGAUAUUGCCAAUCAUCGUCGUACACUUGACAAUGCUGCUUCAUCUGACAGCCAAUUGUUAAGCAGAUAUGAGACCGUAAGACGCAAUAUUGACAUUCUGAAGCAUGGAGGACAAAGUCAGCAUUUGGAAGGUGCUUAUGCUGAAUGUAUUGCUAGCCUUGCUGAAAAGAAGAAUGUCAAUGGUGGUGCCAGCAUGGAUCUUUUGGACUUGGAUUUUGGAGGACAGAGUCAAAAGACAGAUAAUGGUUUGAGUGAAAAAGUGCAACGUGUAGAAAGUAUCAUUGAAAAGUUGCGCAAGAUUGAAAAGGACCGUGAUGAUACAUUCCGUGAUUUGAAGGACAAAACAAUGCAAGAUGAUAUUUCUCAAUUGUUGAUCUUGAACAAGAAGGCCAAUGUUGAACAACAAAUCUUUGCUGCAGAGCUUGAAAAGUUUCGUCCUCAUCAACAACGUAUUUCAGCUACCAUUCAACAUCAGCAACAAGCUAUUCAAGACUUAACAGCUGCUUUCAGGAGCUUGAUGGAAGGCAAUGAAGCACAAACAUUGCAAUCUCAACAUGACAAGGCUGAAAGGUUGCGCCGUAAUUUGACAGCUGAUUUCAGUGAAGCUAAUGCGGUCUAUGUUGAAAUCAAGGAAGGUUUGCAGCGUGGGCUUCAGUUCUACUCUGGUUUGCAAGACACAGUAGAUUCUUUGAAACAGAACAUUCAGCGCUUCAUUACAGAAAGAACAAAUGAAAGAACUCGCUUAAUGGAGACUAUUGAAAGCAACAAAAGUACGCGUGAGCAAGAAUUGCUGCGUGAAACAUUGAACAAGUACACGAGUGCUCCUCCUCUUCCUGUCCAAUCUACGCCUUCUUCUUCUGCCAUGUCUCAUUUAACCAACCAAACACGCCAAAUGUCCAUGAAUGAACCUAGCGCACCUAUGGGAUACACACCUGCACCUCCACCUAAACCACAAGCAUUUGUUCAACAGCAACAAUACCAUGCUCCUCCUACCAAUACUUCACCUUAUGGUAUGUAUGGUUCUCCUACAACACCCAGUUAUCAACAGGUUCCUUCUCCCUAUGCUCCUCCUCCUGUUCAAUCGCCUAUGCAACAAGUACCACCACCUCGUCCCUUGUAUAAUCAACCACCUUAUCAACCUCAGUUACCAAACUACCCUCCUCCUCCUCAACAACAACAACCUUAUUAUGGUGGCAACAUGGUUCCUUCUAUGCCACCUCAAUACCGUCCUCAAUAUCACCCUCAACAACCUCAAGUCCCGGCUUACAGUCCUCAAGGAUACCAGCCUCCUUAUCAUCCUCAACAACAACAACAGUGGCAACAACCACCACCACCGCCACCAUCACAACAACAACAACAACCGCAAUGGCAACAAUCCAUGUAUCAACAGCCACCACCACCUCAACAGCAGCAAAGACCUCCUUCAGGAAGCUUAUUGGAUUAA